GAUGACAACUCCGCGCAUGCGCUCUCGGAAGCUUGGCUUCGGUGGAGGAGGCUCGGGUGGGAAGUAGCGGUUUGUCACGGGACUGCGCCGCUGCAGCUGCUGAGCCGAGGAGUGACGUCAAUGUUGACAACCUGGUGACUGGAAGAUCAGACGGAGCUAGCGGCGAAUUAAAGAUGGCGCAGAGAGCAGAGGAAGAGGACGAGAGCUCGGGGUUGAGGAUGAGGAGGAGCGGGGCACGCAGCGCCGCUUCCCGGGAGAGGGACGAGCAGGUCCGCGGUGUACAUGAAGCUUUGCUGGGGACCCUGGGGAGAUACGAGCCGGUGUUGAGCUACCUGCAGGCCGUGCUGGUGUGGGAGAGACCCCGGCACAGCGCCCUCCUCCACCUGGUCCUCAAUGCUGCCUUCUGGUUCUUCGCCCUCACCUCCCUCAGGAUUGUAUUUCUAGCAGCAUUUGGCCUGAUGGUAGUCAUCUGUGUGGAUCAGUGGAAGAACAAAAUCUGGCCUGAGCUUGGAGCCGCAAGAGCCAGUGAGCUGGACAAUGAAAGCUGGGGCUUUGUCCAUCCAAGACUGCUCAGUGUCCCAGAGCUGUGUCAUCAUGCAGCUGAAGUAUGGGUCAGCCUGGCAAGUUUUCUAAGGAACCUUUUGCUUUUUAAGUCUGAAAAUCCAGGCAAGUUCUGUCUCUUGAUCUGUGGAUUCCUUACUUUCUUGGCUGUCCUUGGUGGAUACAUUCCUGGUCUUGUACUCUCUUAUCUACUGUUGCUCUUUGUCUUGCUCUGGCCAUUGGCAAUAUAUCACCGUCUAGGACAACGUGUUUACCAGAAACUAGAGCCAGCCCUGCAGCGGUUGGACUUUAGUGUUCGUGGAUUCAUGAUGUCCAAGCAGAAAGAGCGUCAAUUGCAUGGCCGUGCCCUUCCUCCUAGUGAGGGAAGUGACAGUGAAGAGGAGCUGGCUGCAUUUUGUCCUACGCUGGAUGACUCUGCAGUUGCUAAAGAACUUGCCAUUUCUGACUCUGAGCAUUCUGAUGCAGAAGUCUCCUACACCGAAAAUGGGACGUUUAACUUAUCCCGGGGCCAAACUCCUCUUACUGAGGGAUCAGAGGAUCUGGACCGCCAUAGUGACCCAGAAGAGUCCUUUGCUCGAGACCUCCCUGACUUUCCAUCUAUCAAUCCAGAGGCAAUUGGAAUAGAUGAUGAAGAUGACACCAGCAUUGGGCUUCCAAUUGCAGCCAACCACCCCAAUCUGGCUACUGAUCAACUGUAUGAUGAGUCUUCAGAGUCGGAGAUACCCCUGGCACUUGGUGCUCAGCAGAUCACAGACAACCUUUCCAAUCUAGUCACCCGAGGGAUGAUACAAAUGGCAUUGGCUGGAGUCACCCAGCAAGCCUCUGGCUUUUUUGAGAACGCCAGAGCCAAAACAUAUCAAAGAAACUCCAGCUCUGAGUUGGAUACAGAUGCUGAAGCUGAUGACUUUGAGCUACUGGACCAAUCUGAGCUGAGCCAGAUGGAGCCAACAAGCCCACGUGGCCAACAGUGAUUAAAAGUAAAGGUGCCACUCCCUUGUGAAUAUACAAUCUUCUAUUUCUUUUUUUUAAAGAGUUCUCAUUGUAGACCUGUAUCUUCAGACUGUGACUUCUCAAUGUAUCCUUGUGUGAAUUUCCCAUUUCCUAAUACAGGCCUGCCUAGCCUGCUGCUUUAUCACUGUGAAGUAAGUCUGAACCAGUAGAUUAGUCCGUCUACACUGAUACACACCAUAUUUUAAAUCUGAAUCCCUGCUGGCUGGUGGGGGAUUUCUCCACAGUGUCCCAUCUCCGUUUAAGACUAGUUAUGUGCAGUAGAGAACUGCCUUGUCAGUUAAUAAAGUAGGGUUUUUUAAAUAUUUUUUUGUUUGACAUUAGAGACAGGUGUUGUAAUUGAGGACAUUUGAUUGUGACUCUUCCCUUGAAACUAUUUUAAAUUCUGGACCUUACACCUAAAGAGAAGAUACGUGUAAAAUGCUGAAGAAUUGAGCAAAACACAACAAGUGAGGAGGACAAUAAUGCUCCUGUGGAUUAUGGUGUUGGGUUUUUGGGGCUUCAUCCUGUGUCGUAUUGUACAGUGCAACAUAUAAUUUAUGGUGGCGACCAGAACCUUUCCUUUUCCUCUCCCCCAGCGCAAAUGCACUUUUAAUUUGAAAUACAUUUUGAUUUUCACUUUUAUGUUUUGUGAUUUUUUUUUUUAUUUUUUAUAACACCUGGAGACUCUUAAAAGCAUUUACACAUUACCUUCACCUUAAGCCAUCCAGUAUUGUUACAGUGCCAUUCCUGUCCUAAAACCACUGCUAUUGGGAGUGUUACAUGGGCUAUAUACACUCUCGCACUACUGUCAAACUCCAACCCAGCAAGGUAAGUUGAUCUAGAGUUUGCACAUCUCAAACAGAACUGGAACGUGGAGUUAUUUUUUGCUACAACAGAAAUUGAAGAUCAAUAUGUCCUGAAAGAAGUAUUAUAGAAUUAUUACUUCUUGUUACAACAAACCAAUAGGAUUAUACAACCAGAAAGUUUGGUGGGAAAAGCGAACACUGCACAUUUCUUAGUAUUAGGGUAAUUAUUCAGAUUAACAGCAGUUAAAGUGCCCUUUUAAUAUGAAUAACUAAUAUCUUUAUGCCAAAACCUUAUAUGUACAUAUGUUUAAUUUACACUCCCUGCUCUCCAACUAACUAUAGUACUAAACAGCAGAGUAAAUAUUCACACACACACAUACAGUACACAGCAGAGUCUUGAAGAUCUUGUCUAAUACAUUAGGGGGUUAUUUAUCAAAGCUUGAAGAGAAAUCAAGCACUAAACCAAUCAGUUCCUGUAAUGUUUCAAACACAGCCUAUACAAUGAGAGUUAGAAGCCGAUUGGUUAGUGCUUUAUAUCUCUCUCCAUGCUUUGAUAAAUACCCCCCUCAAUUACAUAAAUGACCUUAAAUGACAUAAAUCUCCUUUCAACUUCAUAUAUACAGGGUCAGUUUUAGCAAGGAUUAUGUUCUAAAGGGGGGUAUUUAUCUCUCACAAUUUUAUCUCUCGUCAAGCUUUGAUAAAUACCCCCCAAAGAGAGUGAAUUAUAAUAAUGUACUUGUUUGCAAAACAGUCUGCCAUACACAUUUUUAAGGCAAUUCUUUAAUAGUGGAUAAUUUAUUAAAGCAUGGAGAGAUAUAGAGCACUAACCAAUCCGCUUUUAAGGGGUUGUUUAGUAAAGUGCAGGUUUUCAGAAGUGGAGAUUGUGCCCGUAGCAACGAAUCAGAAUCUAGCUUGUAUCUUCUAUAACACAGGUUCUCAAACUCUGUCCUCAUUACCUCACACAGUGCAUGUUUUGCAGGUAACCCAGCAGGUGCACCGGUGUAUUAAUUACUCAGACACAUUUUAACCACUUAACUGAUUAUUUAUUUUGCCAAAAACCGCUCCGAAAUUGUCUUUUUUUUUUUAUGAGUGAAUUAAGUGAAGAACAUGACUUAAACCCUAUCCCAAAUGAUUUUAGUUUAAAAAAAAAAAAAAAAAAGGAAAAAAAAGUGUUUUUUAUAUAAAAAAAAAUUAUUAUAUAUUUAUUCCCCCCUCAAACAUCGAUCGGGAACAUUGCAACUAUCGCGGCUUUCAAUUUGAAAGCCGGUACAGCCUGCAGGUAUGCAGGGGGGGUUAGGGGGUGGCUUAGGAGAGUUAAUUUACUCUCCCCAGCAGCUGCCAUUGUCUGCAGCCUCUGGAGGGGAGAGAUCCUGCCGUGCUGACUGGUCAGCAGUGAUCGGCAGCACGGCAGACACUGGAAGAGUGCGGGGAGGCAGAGGGACCUUCCGGUCCCUCUGACAGCAGCAGCGGAGGUAAGUUUCUCUUCCCUGCCGCUGCUAACACUUUAUCUGACUAGUCGCAUCCUGUGCGACCAGGUCAGAUACAGCACUUGCAGGCAUGGUGGAACUAAUUAUUUCACUUGCGAUUCUUUGAGGAGACCUGCAAAACAUGCACUGUGUGGGAUCCUGAGGACUGAGUUUGGGAACCUGUGUUCUAGAAGGUGCCAGAUAAAUAAGUAGAAUUUGGUUGCUAUGGGCAACAUCUCCACUUCUGAAAACCCACACUCUAGGAAAUAUACCUCAAACUCAUUUUACAGGCUGUGAUUGAAAAAUGACAGUUAGGAGUUGAUUGGUUAGUGCUAUAUUUCUCUCCACUUUAUCUCUCUCAAGGCUUUGCUAAAUAUCCCCCUUAUGCCCCUUUUCCAUUGAAAAUUCUGGACUUUUGCACGUGAACGCACAUCAGCCUGGGAUUUAGGUCAGUGUACAAGCAAACUACCCUACCAGGGUAGGGCUGAGACCUGGGAUUUUGCUGUUUCAUAGGUGGAAAAGGGGUAUUAGACUGAUAAUGUUACAUAGAGCAUGUAAGGGUUCAUGAUUUUCACUGACAGAACGCAACAAUGCACCUCGUCUUCACGCAGCACUACCUUUUUGAGCAGAACAGUAGAAACAUAGAAAGGUGAUGCAUGGUAAUUCUACAUUGUAAUUAUACUUUCUAGCAACAUCAGACAAAGACUGACAUUUAUAGUGUUAUAAAUACUGUUCUUCCGUCUCCUGUUGUUCUCUAGUUAUCUUUCAAUAUAUGAGACAACACAAAGUAAGACGUUUUAUCGGCCCUACGCACUGGCCGACAUCACUGUACGAUAUGAACGAUCUCGUUCAUUAAUGAACGAGAUAACGUUCAUAUCGUGCAGUGUGGAGGCACCAGCGAUUAACGAUGCGCAGCCCCGCGCUCGUUCAUCGCUGGUGCCCUGUCCGCUGUGCAUGCAGGCCAAUAUGGACGAGAUCGUCCAUAUUUGCCUGCACGUCUACGGAGCCGGGAGGAGUGAAGAAACUUCACUCCCCCCGUCACCGCGUCGGCCGUAUCGGUGGUCGGGCAGCUCGGCGGCACAUCGCCUAGUCUGUAGGGACCAUUAGUUUCUUAAUUGUUACUGCUCUGUGCACUGUGCAAACCCAACAUUCCUUCAAUAACCUCAAAUAUCUUAGGACUUUUUUUUAGGUUAGAUUAGAGCUGUAUUCAGUGCAGUGGUAUAUCCUUACAUUUUUAAGAGGUUAUUAAGAGUUUUAGACUAGCUUAAUACUACUUUGCCACUGACCUGAAAAUCCCAUGUUAUUGCACGGCAAACCCGGGAUUUAGGUCAGUGGAAAAGGGUCCACCCGGGUCCUGUCACGCAGGAAUCCUUUCUGGGUACCUAGCAGGGUUUUACAUGGGAAGGGCCGUGUCGGCUGACCCAUGACCCGUUUACAGGAUGGGGAGAGACGCUCUCCUGGCGUAAGGAAAUGACGUAAUCUCCAAGCUCCGACACUGCACCCAUGUGAAGUGUGAACGGCACUGCGGUGGAAAUGGGGCUGUCCCUGGUCUGACCCGGUUUGGAAUUGUUCCAAAUCUCGGAACCUGGGACUUCAGUGGAAAUGGUAUUAGUGGUCUCACACCCAUCAGUUUUAAUUGCUCUCCUUUGUAAGGUUUAGCAUGCGCACAUCCAGCCUUCUGUCAGUGAUCUUCAUGUUAGCUUUCCGUAAAAUUACCAUGCAACCAUUUCUUUUUGGCUGUGUCAAGACUAUUAUUCCCAAUAGCAAGUUUAUUUCAAUUUAUCAACGUGAUAUUUUUACAUUUUAUUACUAUCUAUCUACUCAAAACAAGAUGUCUUUAUUUGUAAUUGUAACGAGCCUUAGAACAUUACACUGGAUUUGUAUUCUGGCUGCUUGUUUGGCUAUUACAAAACCAUAGCAGGGAUAUUUUAUAAUGUUAAGGCCUAAUGCUUCAUUGUCAGUGCUUUCAAUAAAUUGUGCUUGGCAGCAGAGGAAGCAUUAAGAGCUUCCAAAUAUUAAAGGGCUCACUGAAGACAACACUGCCAUUAUAAAGCUACAAAAUUUCUCUCUGAUUAUUUUCCUGCACUAAAUUAGGGUAAAAUGCUAUUCUGUUGAGACAUUGUGGCCUGUAGUGUCUGCUAGAAAGGAAAUGGAAUCCAUAGUAGACAUACCUUCUAUGUAGUGGGGGAGCAAGAUCUGUGAUAUGACAGAAUAUAUAGUAGGUUUUGGAAAAUGUUUGGAAAACUUCCCACUGCCUACAAUGAACUUUGUGGUUUGAAAUGUGUAAAGGACAGAUUACUGUUGUAAUAGACAAUCUAUGUAUAGUAUAAAAGCAAUUUUGUCACAGUUUAGAAGUGAAGUAAAAUGUUACUACAAAAUA